AGUCUUUUCCGUUUUCUAUUUCUUUUUUUAAUCUUCUCUCUCACAGUAGGGUUGCCUUUGCCUCGCACUCGCAGCAGAUAAACGCCACCACCUCUCUACCUCUCUCCGUCUCCACUUCUCAGUUCUCAGUUCUCAGCUCUCUACACUCCAACAAUAGCUAUAGCAAGAAAAAACAUAAACAAAACGACACCAAACCCUAACCUCCCAAUCUCUCACUCUUGAUUCUAUCUUAUCUCUGUAAAACCCUAUCUCUCUCUCACUCAUAGACAAGAAAAAAAAUGGGAGCUUCUUUGCCUCCCAAAGAGGCUAACCUCUUCAAGCUCAUCGUCAAAUCAUAUGAAAGUAAACAGUACAAGAAGGGACUGAAGGCAGCAGAUACUAUCUUGAAGAAGUUUCCAGACCAUGGAGAAACUUUAUCCAUGAAGGGUUUGACAUUAAAUUGCAUGGAUCGUAAAUCUGAAGCAUACGAACUGGUCCGACUUGGCCUAAAGAAUGACCUUAAGAGUCAUGUUUGCUGGCAUGUUUAUGGCCUCCUUUAUCGAUCUGACCGAGAGUAUAGGGAGGCCAUCAAAUGCUAUCGAAAUGCAUUGAGAAUAGAUCCAGACAAUAUUGAAAUACUGAGGGACUUGUCACUCUUACAGGCUCAAAUGCGGGACCUUACAGGUUUUGUUGAGACUAGACAGAAACUUCUAUCCCUGAAACCAAAUCAUCGCAUGAACUGGAUUGGCUUUGCUGUUGCCCACCAUUUGAACUCAGAUGGUUCAAAAGCAGUUGAAAUUCUUGAAGCAUAUGAAGGGACACUUGAUGAUGAUUAUCCUCCAGAUAAUGAACGAUGGGAGCAUGGAGAAAUGCUUUUGUAUAAGAUCUCUUUAUUAGAGGAAUGUGGUUCUCUUGAGAGAGCUAUCGAGGAGUUGCGUAAGAAAGAGUCAAAAAUUGUUGAUAAAUUGACCUAUAAAGAACAAGAGGUUUCUCUAUUAGUGAAGCUUCAUCGUCAUGAAGAAGGUGCUGAAUUGUACAAGGCAUUGCUUUCUAUUAAUCCUGACAACUACAGAUAUUAUGAAGGUCUACAAAAAUGUGUUGGGCUGCAUGCGGAAAAUGGCCUUUCUCCUUCUGAUAUUGAUCAGUUGGAUGCCUUGUACAAAUCACUUGAGCAGCAGUACACUUGGUCAUCAGCUGUUAAGAGAAUACCACUUGAUUUUCUCCAAGGUGAAAAGUUUCAUGAAGCUGUAGAUAAUUACAUUAGACCCCUCCUGACCAAGGGAGUUCCUUCGUUAUUCUCAGAUCUUUCACCACUAUAUGACCACCCUGGAAAGGCAGAUAUACUGGAGAAACUUAUUCUCGAAGUGGAGCAUUCUCUUAGGAUAAGUGGGGGAUACCCUGGGAGGGCAGAAAAAGAGCCUCCUUCAACACUUAUGUGGACCUUGUUUUUCUUGGCUCAGCAUUACGACAGACGGGGACAGUAUGAUGUUGCUCUGAGUAAAAUUGACGAGGCUAUAGAACACACUCCAACUGUGAUUGAUUUAUAUUCUGUCAAGAGUCGCAUUUUGAAGCAUGCUGGUGAUUUGGCAGCUGCUGCCACUUUGGCAGAUGAAGCUAGAUGUAUGGAUCUUGCUGAUCGAUACAUAAACAGUGAAUGUGUCAAACGUAUGCUACAGGCUGAUCAGGUGGCUUCGGCUGAAAAAACUGCUGUUUUGUUUACAAAAGAUGGGGAUCAGCACAACAACCUUCAUGACAUGCAGUGCAUGUGGUAUGAACUUGCUUCUGGUGAGAGUUACUUCCGUCAAGGUGAUCUUGGACGGGCUUUAAAGAAAUUUUUAGCGGUGGAGAAGCACUAUGCAGAUAUUACUGAAGACCAAUUCGACUUCCAUUCCUAUUGUUUAAGGAAAAUGACUCUACGAGCCUACGUGGCAAUGCUUAAAUUUCAAGAUCGCUUGCAUUCACAUGCAUAUUUCCACAAAGCAGCGGCUGGAGCAAUCAGAUGUUACAUAAAAUUGUUUGAUUCUCCUUCGAAGUCAAUGGCUGAAGAAGAAGAAGAGAUGUCAAAGUUGCCGCCUUCUCAGAGAAAGAAGAUGAGGCAAAAACAGAAAAAGGCAGAAGCCCGAGCUAAGAAAGAAGCCGAGGUGAGAAAUGAAGAAUCAAGUGCUAGUAGUGUUUCUAAGUCGGGUAAGCGGCAUGUUAAACCUGUAGAUCCAGAUCCAAAUGGGGAAAAGUUGUUGCAGGUUGAAGAUCCAUUGUUGGAAGCUACAAAGUACUUGAAACUGCUUCAGAAACAUUCGCUCAACUCUUUGGAGACACACUUGCUUUCUUUUGAAGUGAAUAUGAGAAAGAAGAAAAUUCUGCUCGCUCUUCAGGCUGUAAAGCAAUUGCUCAGGUUGGAUGCUGAAAACCCUGAUUCCCAUCGCUGCUUGGUUAGAUUCUUCCAUAAAGUGGGUACAAUGACUGCUCCUGUGACUGAUACUGAGAAACUUGUUUGGAGUGUCUUGGAAGCAGAGCGUCCAUUCAUUAGUCAAUUGCAUGAGAAAAAUCUCACUGAAGCAAACAAGAUUUUCUUUGAAAAACAUAAAGGUUCUUUAAUGCAUAGAGCUGCAGUGGCGGAAAUGCUAUUUGUUUUGGAACCUAACAAGAAACAUGAGGCUAUCAAAUUAAUUGAAGAUUCAACCAACAACCCUGCACCAAUAAAUGGAGCACUUGGACCAGUUAAGGAAUGGAAACUCAAAGACUGCAUUGCAGUCCACAAGCUCCUAGGAGCAGUUCUUGAUGAUCCUGAUGCUGCAUUGAGGUGGAAAGUGCGUUGCGCUCAGUAUUUCCCUUGCUCGACAUACUUUGAAGGAGAGCGCAGCUCUGCCAUGUCCAACUCAGUGUACAGUCAGAUAGCCAAGAAACCUGCGAAUGGAGACUCGAGCCAUCCUGAAGGUGGUAAUAUUGCAGAUUUUGUUACAUCAAAUGGAAAGCUGGAGGCUUUCAAGGAUCUUACCGUCUGAACACAAGGCCAAAUGAAUGUGUCAGCUAACAUGCAACUGAAAUAUGUAUUAGCGGGUAGAUGACAUAACCAGGUGGCAGCAGAAACGUAUACUCUGGAGGAUUUUUAGGUUACUGCUCGUUGAGGAGCAUGCAUGUGAGGUUUUGUGCUAGUCAUGUCAAUCCUCCACUGUUCUUUGAGAUCACAUUUUUUUUGUCUUCUCCAGUUACUACCUUGCCUUAUUAUUCUGAGAUGCAUUUCUUUGCAAAUGUGUAUAACAUAUAUUGUGUUUUCUAGGGUUGAUUUCUUUUAAUUCUACGCACUACUAGGUGAGAUCUUAGACGAGGGUGGUGGUUCUGUGGGUUCGCACCUGCAUUUGAGGUUAUUUUUGUCUCUUAGGUCAGGGAGCACCGCCGAAGUUUUUUCAGAGGACUGGUUUUAAAUCUGGUCAGCAUAUAACAAUUUCCUGUAGAGCUGAUCUCAAGAGAAUGUUGUACUUAUUCUAUUAGCCGUUAUUUGAUGUAUAAACGCAACAUAUGAUGAAAAAUUUUGCUGCAAGAUUCAUUAAUAGUUCUUGAUAGUUUUUGCUA